AUGUUUCGUUCAUAUUUAAAUUUACCAUGUUCGUUACGCCUUCCUAUUUCAGUUCAUUUAUCUAUUCAUUCAUUUCUUUAUAUAUUUUCAUUUACAAUAAUAAUAAUAAUAAAUGAAUGUUUUUUUUUAUUUUAUUUUAUUAUCUUUAUUUUUAUUAUUUUCUGUUUUGUCACGUUCUUUUAUUUUUUUUCUUUCUUUCUUUCCUUCUUUCCUUUUUGUUUUUGUUUUGUUAAACAAAAAUUUAACACUCCUGCACCGUUCCUUCAUUCCGAUUCCGUCCCGUUCACACACUUUUUCCGUUUACUUUUUGAUAUUAUUUUUUCUUAUUAUUUUUUUUUGUAA